GGCAAGCGAGUGAGCGAGCUGGGAGGCAGGCAGGCAAGAAGGCAGGCAGGCAGGCGCCCGGGAGGCAGCGAGGAAGUGAGGGAGCCAGACAGGCCGGCGGAGGCCCGAAGGAAGCCGAAGCCUGCUCCGGUGCCCAGGUCCUCCGGUCCCCUGCCCCGGACCCCCCAGCGGAGCGGACGCGGCCCGCCCCGGCAAUGGCCUCGCUGCUGAAGGUGGAUCAGGAAGUGAAGCUCAAGGUUGAUUCUUUCAGGGAGCGGAUCACAAGUGAGGCAGAAGACUUGGUGGCAAAUUUUUUCCCAAAGAAGUUAUUAGAACUUGAUAGUUUUUUGAAGGAGCCUAUCUUAAACAUCCAUGAUUUAACUCAGAUCCACUCAGACAUGAAUCUCCCUGUUCCUGAUCCUAUCCUUCUUACCAAUAGCCAUGAUGGAUUGGAUGGUCCCAAUUUGAAGAAGAGGAAGUUGGAUGAGUGUGAGGAGGCCUUCCAGGGUACCAAGGUGUUUGUGAUGCCUAAUGGGAUGUUAAAAAGCAACCAGCAGCUGGUGGACAUUAUUGAAAAGGUGAAACCUGAAAUCCGGCUGUUGAUCGAGAAAUGCAACACGGUCAAAAUGUGGGUUCAGCUCCUUAUCCCCAGGAUAGAAGAUGGGAAUAACUUUGGUGUAUCCAUUCAGGAGGAGACAGUUGCAGAACUAAGGACUGUGGAGAGUGAAGCUGCAUCUUAUCUGGACCAGAUUUCUAGAUAUUACAUUACAAGAGCCAAAUUGGUUUCUAAAAUAGCCAAAUAUCCCCAUGUGGAAGACUAUCGACGCACAGUGACAGAGAUUGAUGAGAAGGAAUAUAUCAGCCUUCGGCUCAUCAUAUCAGAACUGAGGAACCAAUAUGUCACUUUACAUGACAUGAUCCUGAAAAACAUUGAGAAGAUCAAGCGGCCCCGGAGCAGCAAUGCAGAGACGCUGUACUGAGGCCAGGGCCAGAGCCAGGGGGACUCUGUGAGUCUGGCUCGAGACCGACAUUGCCUUGGUUUGUUACAUGACUAUCGAGAUGGGGAAACUGGCUGGAAAUAGUAAUCACACCUCUCUUCUGUUUUUAGUUAGAGUCUAAUGAAGCUCUCAUGUAGUUCUGUGA